AACAUACCGAGGAAGCCGUCCUGCGAAACGUUCUACUUUCUUGGCCUAAAUGCGUCGCCGUAGUUUUGAUGUUUUUGGUUGCUGUGAUAAAAUGGGUGUUAUUUUAGGCUCUAUAAUCGGACUUUUGAUCACAUUUUUGAUUUGCAUUGUGAGGUUGUUUCUUGUUCUUCGGAACAAUGCAGAAUACAAACCAGGAAAGAAAGGCGCGGUCAGUGUGCUCGUGGUUGCAGGAUCGGGAGGACACACAACUGAAAUUCUCAGAUUGAUGGAGUCUCUUUCCCGGUCCUACUCUCCAAGACAUUAUGUCAUCGCUGACACCGACAAAAUGAGUGAAGAUAAAAUCCGCACCCUUGAAAAUUCUCAGAAAGAAAAAGGCACAACACGACAGUUUACUAUUCAGCGAAUCCCUAGAAGCCGAGAGGUCCAACAGUCAUGGAGUUCUUCGGUGCUGACGACUUUAUAUUCCCUGCUCUACUCUGUACCUCUAGUCUUCAAGCUGAAGCCAGAUUUGGUUUUGUGCAAUGGACCAGGGACCUGUGUCCCACUGUGUGCAUCAGCCCUCCUUCUAGGAAUCUUGGGAAUCAAGAAAGUGCUGAUUAUCUACGUAGAGAGCAUCUGUCGGGUGGAAACGCUUUCCCUUUCUGGAAAGCUACUGUAUCAUUUGUCAGAUUAUUUUUUUGUACAGUGGUCAACCCUUAAGGAAAAGUACCCCAAAUCCACUUAUCUUGGCAGAAUAAUAUAAACACACAACACCACAAAUGGCCUUCAUAAUGUGAAUGUAAAGAUUUGCAGAAGGUGGAUUUAAUCUCAACUUUCCUCUCAAGAAAGUGCUAUAAUUUCUGAAAACUGGAAUUAUAUACAAACAACCAAAUAAUCUAUUUUUAAUGAAAAACUAUGGUCAACAAGUUGUUUUCCAGUAGGAAUUACUGUAUUCUAGAAGCCUAGUCACAAAAUAUGACUGAAAUGAAAUGUGAUAUUCAUUACUGCUGUUGGCAGAAAACAGUAACAGUCUAGAUAUAUAUUGCAUGUCUUUUUUUCAUAAAAACUGAUAUAUUUCUAUAUUACUAAAAUUACAAGAAAAAAAGUAAAUGUUUUGUGAAUAGGGCCUGGAAAACAGUGCACAGAGAAAAAAGAAGGUUCCACACUUUUGUUUGGGGUGUAAGGAACAAGAUAGGGUAGGAAGUGUUAUGCAGUGGGGUAUGACUUCAUGUGUAUUUAGUUGUAGGUAUUAAAUGGGUUCAGAUUGUUGAAAAAUAUUCAAAUGCACCAUGUGGACCAGUGGAGUAUUUCAAAGAAGAUUAUAAAUAAAGAAUGAUACAUUAAAAAAAAACAGAAGACAAAAAAACAAAAGUUUAUAAAUAAGUAUGAAGUGUUGCUUAAAUAGAGCUACAGCAAUAAACUGUUUUGUUCAUUUGGAAAAAGUGUGCUCAAUAAAAUGUUUACUGCUGGGCUGGGUUCAAAAACAAACAAAAACUAGAGACAAAAGCUGUAUGAAACAGCCAGACCAGAGGCAGCUUUGUUCAAUACUAGCCUGGUUUUCUCCCUCUUGGGAUGCACCUUAUCAAAACUAGGCCUGACUGAAUUAGGGUGUUCAGCCUUAAUUAACAAUUCAAUUAGAUUUAACCUUCUGAAAAAAAAGAACAUAACUUUGCUUUACAUCAGUGUAAUGUUAAUAAACGAUUGUGAACAAGUUCCUGUGUUGUUUGUUCUUGUAAUUUGUUCAGCACGCCUAUCUCCUGGCAUUGUUUUUUCUAUUGUAGAUGUGUUUCCUGUUUGCGGACAGUAUAUUCCCUUGCUGAUACUGUGCAAUGAGGAGGAAACAAAUACAAAAAAGCUGGAUCUGUUUGAGCUUGCAAUGAACGGCAACAAAAAUAAACUAUGAUAAAUGUGUGUUCUAUUUAUAUCUUGGAUUGUUUUUGUUACCUUUUAACCACAAGUUUAAAAUGCAGCAACAGCAGUAAUUUGAUUUUAUUAAAUAUUAAUAAUGUAUACUGAAUUUGAUAUAAAAUAGGAAACCAGUGUAAAUGGGUUAACUGGUUUUGUUAUUUAAAAAUCAUAUAUAUAUUGGUGCUUGUGAAUUGAAUGCUCUGUCAAUGCCACCCAAUAGGUAAAACAAGGGACUCAUGUGAUUUGUAUUCCUGGUAGUGCAAAAAUGUCUUGUACAUUACAUUGCAAUUCAAUACAACAAACAGUUACACUGCUCCUUGUAUAUCAUCCACCACAUGGCACUUUAUUAAACUUUUAACAACCGUUUGUGACAUGUUAGAGUAGUUGUCUGUCCAAAUCAACUACAAUUAAAUGCCCCUGCUUCUUGAUGCUUUUGUGUUAUGCUGAUGUACCCCUCUUGUUUAUAACCCUGGCUACUAAGCUUGUGGUCUUAUUCACAUCAUCGUUCCUCAGUAAAAGCUUUCUCUGUUUCAAUUCCUCCCUCCCCCUCCUCCACCAGUCUGUAAAUGGGAUUUCAGGGUGGGGGUGGGGGUGUUGUUUUUGUCUGGGACACAGCUUUUACACAUUCUAAUCACUCUGAGGUGUAAAAUAUUGUGCAAGCAAUACCCAUAGCGGCAUGUUCUGCUGUUCUAAACCUGACUUCGCUUACACAGAAAUAUUCCAUGUAACCAAUACGUUUUUAUUUGAAUAAAAAAAAAAAAAAAAGUCUAGUACAUUUGUAUUUAGUGUAACCCAUCUAAAAUAUUGUUUGAAAGGUGAGGGACAAUGACAGUCUGGAAGGGGUAAUGUAAGCUUCUCUAAAGCUUCUUGACCUGAACUACCAGCGGUGCCUUUCGGUUCGGGGCCACUCUUGCACAGUUCCAAAUUUGUUUUUUUGUUUUUUUUUUGGUUUUAUCCAAAUCCAUUCCACUUAAGCUCGAUUUUCAAAGGUGCAUUAAUGCACUGCACCACCUAGCUCCCUUCCAGAUUAAUUUUUCUAAAUAUCCCCAAAAGUAGAAGGUGCAGUUUUGUAGUGACACAGUAUGGACAUGCUUCAGCAUUCUGAGGAAAUUGCCAAGGUCAAGUACAUAAUAACUGCAGACACUGUAAUAUUGUCAUCCAGAAAUCAGAUGCAAGCUGUUGGCGUUUUAAAUCCCACUCAGCAGCCUCAAAGCAGUGUGCGUGUUAGUGUUGGCAGCUUGUUAAAGUCAUUAAGUCGACUUGAGUGGCAUGCAAAGUUGCAGACUUGUAAGUGGUCGUGUUCCAAGGCGAAGGUAAAGCGAUACUGCUGUGGCUUUUGGGAAGUCUUUGUAUAGGUCUGAAUGACUGCUGUUCACUCCUUGAUAAUAAAAAUAACAAACAUAAGUGACAAAAAUAAGUAUUUUGUUUUUAUUUGUUGCAGAAAUUAUCCUUAAAUUCUAUAAAUACACAAAUGAUCCAAAUUGGGUAAAUAGACCCCAAAUUAAGACAGGACAUCUCUUAUUUCUUUACCAGCUGUUAUGCACAAUGUUGCUGUAUAAACUGCUGAAAUGUACAAUGCAACUACAUUUUAAUCAUGGUGCCUCUAUCCUUAUAGCAGCUUUUUU